AAUUCUUCAUAUAGAGAAUGAGUCUAUUGAUUCUAAGGGCGCUGUAAAAGUUGUUCAAUAUUUCAUCGUUAUGUUUCAUAGCAGUUCAAAUGGAAAGCUAGUACAAAGCUACCUACAAGUACAAGCAGAAGAGCCUCUGCUAGGAUGUACUAUUGGGAUGCAACUAGAGGAAGCUGCAUUGAAAUAUCCAGAUCGAGAGGCAUUUGUAUUGUGUAAGGACAACGUGCGAUACACAUAUGAACAAGUACUGGAAAAGAGUGACGAAUUAGCAGCGGGCCUGCAUGCUAUUGGAGUAAAGGUCGGGGAUAGAGUUGGCAUAUGGGGCCCUAAUACGGCCGAAUGGCUUUUGGCUCAGUAUGGCUGUGCAAGAGGAGGCUUUGUUCUGGUCAAUAUCAACCCUGCAUACCAAGUUGAUGAAUUAGAGUACUGCCUACAAAAGGUUGGAGUCAAGGCAAUCCUGGCAGAAGAAUCUUUUAAGACACAAAACUAUUAUUCCAUGAUUCACAGUAUAUCCCCAGAGUUGGAGUCUUGUAAACCUGGUCAACUUAAAAGUAAAAGGCUCCCGAUGUUGCGUUCAGUCGUAAUGUAUAAUGCGAAAAACCAACACCCUGGAACGUUUCAGUGGUCUGAUUUAGUGGAUGUGAGUUCUAACAAGGGCCUGCAGUAUGUCAAGGAUUUGCAGAAAAAGCUACAGUUUGAUGACGCAGCCAACAUUCAGUUCACAUCGGGAACUACAGGUACUCCUAAAGGUGCGACACUCUCCCAUCACAACGUUGUUAACAAUGCCUACUUUCUUGGUCUUCGACUAGGCUACGACAAAGAGGUUACGCGGGUGUGUAUGCCUGUACCAUUGUACCACUGCUUUGGUUGCGUCGUAGGCAGCUUGUGUUCAGUUAUACACGGGGGCACCCUUGUCUGUCCUUCACCCAGCUUUCAGCCAGAUGCCACAUUAAAAGCAGUGCAGCAGGAAAGCUGCUCCUCAUUGUAUGGAACACCCACGAUGUUCAUUGACAUGCUCAAUCACGAAAACUUUCCCAAGUAUGACAUGUCCACACUCCGUACAGGCGUCAUGGCUGGUUCGCCAUGUCCUACUGAGAUCAUGAAACAAGUUGUCACCAAGAUGCACAUGCCAGAUGUGACUAUAUGCUACGGUACGACGGAGACCAGCCCCGUGACGUUUCAAUCUUACAUGAAUGAUCCACUAGAGAAGAGAGUGUCAUCCAUAGGUCAUCCUGCGUCACACGUGGAGGUGAAAGUCGUGGAUUCAGAGAACAGACUGGUGCCUAUUAACACACCAGGAGAGCUGUGCACACGCGGCUACACCACUAUGCUAGGAUACUGGGGAGACGAGGAGAAGACAAGGGAAUGUAUUUUGCCUGAUCGGUGGUACAAGACUGGGGACCUUGCAGUCUUGGAUGAAGAUGGUUUUGGACGCAUUAUUGGCCGCAUCAAAGACAUGCUGAUUAGGGGAGGCGAAAACAUUUAUCCGACCGAGAUAGAGCAGUUCCUGUACAAGCACGAGGCCGUGGAAGAUGUGCAGGUGAUUGGAGUACCGGAUAAGAGAAUGGGUGAAGAGCUCUGUGCCUGGAUCAGACUAAAGAAGGGUCACGAACACACAACAGCUGAAGAGUUGAGACACUUUUGCAAGGGAAAGAUAGCUCAUUUUAAGAUUCCGCGCUACAUGUUGUUUGUGGAUGAGUACCCGCUCACAGUGACGGGGAAGGUGCAGAAGUACAAGAUUCGAGAGGCAUCGAGAAAGAUUCUAAACCUGGGUGAGGUGCACCUACACGCUGCUGAUUACUAUCACGGCGAGAUGGACGAUGCAGACAUGCAGAGGAAAUAGUGGGACUCCACGACGUUACAGGGAGGACGCCUCAACCAAGCUCUACCCGUGUAGCCCUUUGUUCCGCCAUGCUGCUUUACAGCACAGUAUGAGGGAGUCCAGUGGGCAGAGUGGCCAGCAGAUAGACAGGCUACAGGCAACAUGUUUAUUCUGUGGGCUUAAUCUUCAUUUUGCAUGCUACAAAGAUUCCUUGUCGGGUUCCUUCAAAUCUAACUGUAUAGCUCAGUAAUGGAUGGAAGAGCCACAAGGGCAGAGCUAACCUUGGCUAAACUAUCCAUCUUUUUGUUCAUCAGUCACUCAGCUAUCUGGAGAGAUUUUAUCUGGAAAGUUAGUAGGGAAGCUUGCAAGCUUUUUUCUGGUGCAGCAAGCUCGCAUCAUCUCUUUUGCCACAACGUGGUUCUUGUUUGAUACCUUUUUCGCUGUAUCUAACAAAACUGCAUUGUUAAUAGAAGCCUACAUAGUGUAAUAAAACUGACCUAUUUGUCUGAGUGAGUUACUGCCCCUCGCCGAUUAUUUCUAGGUCAGUCAAGCUAGGUGAGUUUAAACGGGGUUAUCCUCAUAAUCGUGCAUGCCCUCUAAAUCGUUUAUUUGCAGCAUGUCAUUGAAACAUUGUCUUUUAGAAUAGAAUGUCUAAGUGCAAUAAUAAUUGGCUAGUGCUGGCUGUCAAUGUGAGAGAGAAAGGUCCUCUGGCGUGGGAUGCAGGGUAACAACUAUUUGUGAAGAACGUCUUUUCAACGUUGAAAGCAAUUUUGAGAACAGUGCAAGAUUUUGGUGUGAUAACUGCAUUUGGUUAAGUAAUGUUUAUUAUCAUCAUUAUUACUCAUUUUAAUAGCUUUAAAAGUUUAUAUACAUUUUAUUGCUUUGCAAAAGCCGAGCGUCUACCUGCUAGUGAAUACUAGUAGCCUUCAUAUCUGAAAAUAACUCAUUUGUUGGAAGUGGCUAGGGAUUUUCGUAUAAUCUACAAAUUAUAUAUAUAUAUGUGUGUGUGUGUGCGUGUGCGUGUGCGUGUGCGUGUGCGUGUGCGUGUGCGUGUGAGCGUGUGAGCGUGUGCGUUUGCGUGUGCGUGUGUGUAGAAAAAUAAAAUAACAGAAUAAGGUGUUAUCAAGGAUGUGAUCAGGUGUUAUUAAGGUUUGAUCAGCAAGCUUUCGAGAAUAUGUUCAUCAGGUUAUAAAAUGACAAUGUUAUAUAUAUAUAUAUAUGUACGUACGUAUGUACACACACGCAAUAACGCACACUAUUUCUCAUGUCAACAUGGACAAAUCAGUCGUAGCGUUUGAUACGACUUGGUGUUUUGCUUAUAGAUUCAUAGCAGCAGAUUAUUGAUUUUUAUGUUUUUCUUUAAACCACUUGUUAGUACUGUUUUCGUUUUUAAGAAGCAGUAUGGUCUUGUGGUUGCUUUUUAUUUUAUUAUGAAAAUUGUGAAAAUACAUGAAUAAAAUUUAUAUAUGCUAGUAAGGAAUCCGGCUUUGCAUGGGGUUUCUUAUCGGCCAAGUUGCGUUUAGUAAUAAAUAUAUAUAUCAAAGUACAAAAUAAGAAAUGCUCUUAUAAUUGUCAUAAUAAUUCGCUCACAAAAUAAGAAUGUUUAAUCAAAGGCUUCGCGAUAAAAACAAUUUUGCGGUACAUUGCUAUACGCGUUUGUAAAUUUACGAUGAUUAACAAUAUAUCAUUAUAUUAUAAUAAUAGAGAUGUGUAUGCUGAUUAAACGAA